CGGAAGUGUCUGUGGGGCAAGAUGCAUGCUGGCCCGCUCUGCGGCUCCGAGGGUUUGGAAGUUAGCGGCUGGAGGCGUCCCGCUCGGGUUCGGUGUCCGUCGCGUCUCCUCGCGCGUUUCCCGGUCCGCGCUGGGCCGCCUCCCGCCCUCGGGCAGCGUGCGGAGCUCUCGAAGUAACGUGGAGGUCCUUGAAAGACUUUUAAGAAGAUAUAGAAGGUAGAGGAAAGGGGCCUUCUGAGCCUUUCUGGCCCUAAAUGGCUACAGAAUCAAGAAAGCCUUCUUCAGCCCCAUCUCCACCAGACCAGGCUCCUGAAGAGGACCUUGUCAUUGUCAAGAUAGAGGAGGAUCAUGGUUGGGAUGAGGAAUCUAGUGUGCAUGAAAACAGCACACCUGGCCAAGAACUGUUUCGUCUACGCUUCAGACAACUCUGCUACCAGGAGACAUUAGGACCUCGGGAAGCUCUGAUCCAGCUCCGUGCAUUUUGCCAUCAGUGGCUGCGGCCAGACUUGAACAGCAAGGAGCAGAUCCUGGAGCUGCUGGUGCUGGAGCAGUUCCUGACCAUCCUGCCUGAGGAGCUGCAGGCUCUGGUUAAGGAACACCAGUUAGAGAAUGGAGAGGAGGUGGUGACCCUGUUGGAAGACCUGGAAAGGCAGAUUAAUGUCCUAGGGCAACCAGUCUCAACUCAUACACAUGGGCACAGAGUACUCUGGGAUGAAGUCCUACCUUCAAAAUCUGCAUUAGAACCUCCAAGUAUUCAUGUCCAACCCUUGGCCACCAUGCCUAAAUCUCCAGUGCCCCAGAAGCCACAGGACAGAGGAGAGAGGCCAGAUUUCACUUAUAAAGCCAUGUCUUCUUCUCAGAAACCUACUCCUUCCCAGAAAGGAAGUUCUGGAGAUGAGGAGGUGACAGCUAGACUUCUCACUGCAGGGUUCCAGACUUUGGAAAAGAUCGAAGACAUGGCUGUGUCUCUUAUUCGAGAGGAGUGGCUUCUUGAUCCAUCACAGAAGGAUCUGAAUAGAAAUAACAGGCCUGAGAAAUACAGAAACAUGUUCUCCCUGGAUGGUGAGACCAGGAGUGAGAAUAAGGAAUUAUUUUCAAAACAGGUAAUAUCUCCUGGAACCCAGCCACAUGGAGAGGCAACUGCCAAGUGCAACGGGGAUGUUAUCGUGGGUCUUGCACAUGGAGAAACACAAGACCUUCUGGGCAAAUUAGAGAGGCACCAGGGAAAUCCCAUACAAGAAAGACGACAUAAAUGUGAUGAAUGUGGGAAAAGCUUUGCUCAGAACUCAGGCCUUGUUCGCCACUGGAGAAUACACACUGGAGAAAAACCUUAUCAAUGUAAUGUGUGCAGUAAAGCCUUCAGUUACAGGUCAUCCCUUCUUUCCCAUCAGGAUAUCCACAACAAAGUGAAGCGCUAUCACUGCAAGGAAUGUGGUAAGGCCUUCAGUCAGAACACAGGCUUGAUCUUGCACCAGAGAAUCCACACUGGGGAGAAACCCUAUCAAUGUAAUCAAUGUGGGAAGGCCUUUAGUCAGAGUGCAGGCCUUAUUUUGCACCAGAGAAUCCACAGUGGGGAGAGACCAUACGAAUGUAAUGAAUGUGGAAAAGCUUUCAGUCAUAGUUCACACCUCAUUGGACAUCAGAGAAUUCACACUGGGGAGAAACCCUAUGAGUGUGAUGAGUGUGGGAAAACCUUCAGACGGAGCUCACAUCUUAUUGGCCAUCAAAGAAGCCACACUGGGGAGAAACCCUACAAAUGCAAUGAGUGUGAGAGGGCCUUCAGUCAAAAGUCGGGCCUUAUUGAACAUCAGAGAAUCCAUACUGGAGAAAGACCCUAUAAGUGUAAAGAAUGUGGGAAAGCUUUCAAUGGGAACACUGGUCUCAUUCAGCAUCUGAGAAUACACACAGGGGAGAAGCCCUAUCAGUGCAAUGAGUGUGGGAAAGCCUUUAUUCAGAGAUCGAGUCUCAUUCGACAUCAGAGAAUCCACAGUGCAGAAAAGCCUGAAAACACAGGCGUUUAGGAGGAGCUUUGGUUGUAGUUUGAGCAUUAUUUGGCAUUAGAGAAACCAUGUAAUACUGGAAAAGUCUAGUGAGAAAGGCAGAAUCUGUAGCUGUAACCAAGCUAGUUCUAACACUUGGCUAGUUUGGGCCCAAUCCCUGAUCUGAGUUGAUUGGUUUGACUGUCUUUGGGGGCAUCUGAUGAAGCAGAGCCCUAGCAGCUCAGUAAAUUCUUCAGAAUGACAGUAAAUUGCUUAUUGUGACUUGAAACACUAUAUUUUGUCUUUCCUAUAAGUAGCUCUAAGUUUGAGAGAGGCCACUCUUCCAAGCUUCUCUGUUUCUUCCCAUUUCUUGUGGUCCCUUUUUGUCAUCCCUCUGAAGGUGCCCUUGUAAUUCCUAAUCUAAAAAGCUGUUUGAGUCCAAGGCAACCUCAAUGAGGCUAAGAUUUUAUUUGGCUUUUUAAUAUCCUAGUUAGAGAAAAAUUGUAAGACAUUUAAAUUAUUAUUCUAAUACUCCUAGAUGAUAGAUAGCCAUAUUCCUUCACAAACUCAAUGCUAUAUUUUUAACAGCACUGUAGCAUUUUUCUUCAUUUAGAACCUUUACUGACUCCAUUAAGUCCCUGAGCAUCUGUACAUAUCCUUCAUCACCCCCAGUCUCAGUACCUGUGUCAACAAAGGAAGUGGACGUAUUAGUGAUGAUGGUGGGCGUGAUGGAAAGAAAGAGGUGAGUGGAGACUCAGCUUGGCUAUUCUUGAGUGUGGACAGUUGUUUCUCAAGGUGUCUUCUGACUCUCCUUCCGCCUCCCCACUAUACACUGUGGUUUGAACAAUAUUUGCACUAUCAAAGCUUUGGCACCACAUAAAAGACAGAGGUGCUUGAAAAAGACAUUAAGAAUCCUUACAAAGAAUGUACAUCAUCCCUCUAGGCCCAUUACAGUACUGCUGUCAGGUUUCUAUCAGUCUAUAUAAAUUCACUGACCACAUGGUUAGCCUGGACCUACCUUCUCAGAUGGCCGAAGCAGAUCCAUCAUUAUCUUCCAGCUGUUUCCUUCCAUUUGCAUAUCUCCAGUAUCCACGAUGGUAAUCUGUCAAAUACCUUACUCUGACUCCUCAUUCUUCUGCAUUCUGGUACACUCCAUUAGUCAUCUAAUAACAAAGGUACACUAUUACACUCAUUGUCACCAGGCACCGUAUUUCACCUCCAAGACUUUUAUCAUAACAGAAUACUGUAUGUGUAAAGUAAUGAAGCUGGUUUUAAAGGAACACAUCAGAUCUUGUGCAUCUAAAAUGUAGUCUUUUUGAUUGAGUAGUUAUACUUACUACAUAAUAAAUACUUGUUAAAAUGAAUAUUCUAAAGUACUAUGAUUAUAGUAAUGCUACUAGUCCUCCAAACGUUGGAAACAAUCUUAGAAUUCUCAUGUAAUAAGAAGCAAGAAAACUAUCUGUUACUAUUAAUUAUAUUUCGUGCUUGACCAUUUGACUAGACAGCAGGCUUGGAAUUGAAUAGCUUUUGCUUUAAAACAUUAACCCUCACACUUAAAAUUAUUCCAUUAAUCUUACUCAGAAGACACAUAAGGAGGUUCUGAUGAAAUCUCUGAAAAAAAGAAUAAUUUCAUACCAUGACUGUCUUAAAAAGGAUCAUCUUAGUUUCUUUGGUUAAUUUUCUCAGAACAGACCUCUCCAUUAUUCUUUAUUUUCUUAUCCUCUGUUCUGUUUGCUUCAUUCCUGUUUAGAUUACCAUUCUUAACUCCUCUCUAGCACUCCUCACCACAGAGCCGUCUCUCCAGCCCCAAUAACUUUACUUUUUAAGACAGGGUUGCAAAAGUUUAAGAAACCAGAAACAGGUAAAUCUGCCUAUGUCAGGACCCUUGCUUCCUGCUUCAGUUGUGCCUUGCCGUCUAUAAGACAGGGUUUCUGCAUAGGUCAGUUCUAUGUUGUGGAAGUUACAUAGGAUGAGUACAUUUUCAGAGCAGCUAGAUGUCUGCAUGUGUGCAUAUAUGCAUGCCCACUCCUUUCAUGUACUUUUAUGAAGCACCUGCCUUGAUUUCUAAUAAAAUUGCCCUUUUUGCAUUUGGACCCAGAGUAAUAUGUACCAAAUACUUCAAUCUCAGAACUACUAAGCAUCUGGCCGAAGUUCAGAGAAAAGAAAAUGUAAUUGGGAAGAUUAAUGUUAUACUGGGGUAAAUGUGGAAAAGGGUGGUCAUUUAAAAACCAGUUAUUGGAGCCAUUAUGGUCAGGCACACCUUUUAUCAUAGCACUCAGGAAGCAGAGACAGAUGAACCACCCUGGACUGUAUAGUAAACCAGCCUUGAGUAUAGUGAGACCAGUCUCAAAAGAAAAAAAAAGGUAAGUGAGGCUGGAGAAAUGGCUUAGAGGUUGGUUAAGAGUGUGGACUGUUCUUUCAUAGGACCAUUGAGUUUAGUUCCUAAUACCCUUGUUGGGUGGCUGGAAACUUCCUGUAACUCCAGCUCCAGGGGCAUCCAACAUUUCUAGCCUGCACACAGAUAAAUAUAUACACAUAAACACAAUUACCAAUAAUAACAAAUUUAAAUGAGUUAUCAAAGAUGAUUUAGCAUGUAUAGAACAGGCCAAGUGUUAUAGCAUAUGAUGAUAGAAAAGACUGUGGAGUCUUUGAAGAAAUACAUAGAAGUCAUUGUUAGUCUUGAAUUCACCAAGCAUUACUCAAUCUAUAUCUAAUUUAAUUCAGUGGCAUUCAUUAAGCCUUUAUCCUAUAGUGUCCAAUUUUUCUGUCCUUCUGAAAGAGUUGUUUACCAGUACUAUAUAUCCUCUCCCAUCCUCAUCUGUUCAUUUUAAGAUGUGGCAGAAUAAAGUGGUUUUUCCCUAACUUACUUGCUAUCAACAUACCACUGGAAGAAACCUCUGAGGUUUCAAAGAAUUUCUCCAUGAAGCCAGAUAAGUAUUCAAGAAUGCAUGGACCAGUAUAGCUUCGCUCUUGUUUCUACACCUCCAGAAUGAUAGCUGACAUUUUUGCUUGGUUUUGUUUGUUUUUCUGCAAUUGCCAUGAGCCAAACCCUAAGUUAAAUAUUUAUCCUACUUAAGAGCUAAUAUCACCACUACACGCUCCAUCCAUAGAAGAUAAAACAGAAGCUUAGGGAACUAACCAACAUAACAUCCAGUAAAAGACAAGAUUCUAACCUAUACAGCCUGAUGCUGGAGCCUGUGAUGACCACUGCUUUGCUACCAACUGACUAAACUCCAGCCAGCCAAAUGAAACCAUGUACCCUUGGUCAUAAGAGAUACUAGGGAAAAUAUUACCCAGGAGUAUAGUGUGGAUCCAUUGCAAUUACUGGAAAAUUGGUUUAAAAUACUAGUUGGGGCAAGACCAUCUUUAGACUUGGAUAUUCUUGAUUCUUAGUACAAAAAAGUUAUUUUGUCGAUAAAACAUGCUUAAAGGAGUAACUAGGAGGGUAAAGCUUAGUGAAACAAAUACAUUUCUCUGUAGACUGCCUUAAAGAAAGAAGUGAGAAGAUUCCAGGUUGGGCAGAUGGCAAGGUGGCAAUAGUAAGCUCAACAGCCUACAGUGAGAAGCCAUUUAAGCUUCUUGCCUUUUUCCAAUCACCAUUCUGUGUGUCUUGUGUUUUUCUUAAAUUUUUUUCAAGGGUGAUAUUCAUUUUAACCCAUUUUUGCUUUAACUUUUACUGGUUUUUCAUAGUCAACAUUCCACUAAAAUGUACAUGGAAUUGCUAGUGUAUAAAUUAAGACUUUUUAUUGUUGUCCUUCUUAAUCUCCUUAUACUUCAUCAUGUUGAGUUUUCCAAUGUGUGAUGACUAUUCUUGGUUGUCAUCUUGGGUACUACUAGGACAUUAGACCUAUUGAUAGACAGCCAUUGUGGAACUACCUAGACCACAAUUCGUAAGCCAUUCUAAUACGUCCCCUUUAUAUGUAUUUUUUUAUUCUAAAAGUUCUGUUCUUCUAGAGAAUCCCAAGUAAUACAGAUUAUCAUACCAGAGGUGGUUCUAGAGCAAUAGAAAUAUUAAGGUGAAUUUUUUUUUAAGAAUUUGGGAUGGGUUUUCCAAUUUGCAGACACCUACAGUUAUUGAAGUCUCUCAGAAACUCAGGGAAUAUUGAAAACCCAUGCUGUGAACUGUUUUACAAACUUAUAGGGACAAAUGCAUUUGAUUAUCCUGAUUAACCAGUUGUGAGAAAAAAGAAAUUUGGUGAGUCUAUAUAUAAAACUUUUGAAAAUUUGUAGAAAAAUAAGGAAAAUAAUGAUGCUGGUUGGUUCCUGCUAGCAUCUCUGAACAAAUGACAAAGGAAAACAAUGAUAAAAUUAACCAACUUCUAGCAUCUCAGAGUACAGUGAAAAGCAACAGUGUACUCAGUGAUAAAGUUGGCCAGCUCCAGAUAUGCAUAAACAGUCUAAAGGUUUCUAAGUGUACCCUGCAAGAGAAUCUUCUCUCCAGCAAUCACAGCUUAAAUUGUGGAAAAUCAAACCCAGAGUAAGAGAGCAUUAAUUGGUAAAGAAUGGAUCUGUAACUUGGCAUGGAGGUGUGUGGGAGGCCGCUGAGGCUCAGAACUCUGAACCCUCACAUUCUCGUGGGUUUACCUCACCUGAGGGAAUAGUCAGUCUCUACCCUCAGCAGAAAAUGGACUCACCCCUCAAAUACCGCCUUUUUUUUUUUGCCUUUGGGGAAAUACAGAAUGAGUAUUUAAGGAAGAUAGUUACAAAUAUCAACUGUGGCCAUGUGACCAGUUGCAGAAAUGAGGAUUACUAUUUCAUAUUUUGUUAAGAAUGUGUUUGUAUAAAUAUUUGUGUUUCCUUUCCUCAAUUUCUUUAUCAUGUAAUGUUACAUCAAUUAAGAGAAUAUCAGUAGUUACCAUAUUUAAGUUUUGAGAUAUACCAAAAGAAUGUCCCUUAAGGGACAUUGCCAUGUAUUCUAAAAUUAAUCAUGCAUUUGAGGUAGUACAAAAUGUAGUUUUAUCAUGUUAGAUAUAAUUAUGAUUUGAUUAAAUAUAUAAUGUAUUUACAAUUGUACAUGGGAUAGUUAUAUCAUGUUAGGUAUAAUUAUGGCCUGGUUAUUAUUUUCAUUUGGAAAUUAAGCAUGGCAUAAGAAGAAAUGAAUUUGUGGCAAGUUGAAAAGGGGUGGACUUCAGAUGGCUCUUCUUGGUUGUCAGCUUGACUACAUUUAGCCAGACUGCUGGGUACACCUGUGAGGAUUUUUUUUUCUUAAUUAAAUCAUUUCAAGUGUAGUAACUAUUUUCUUUUAAUCUGGAUCUUUUGAGGUGAGAAGAUCCACCUUUAGCCAGGGCCACACCUUCUGAUGGCAUUCAGUAUAAGGCCAUGGAAGAAGGGAGCUUUUGCUGUUGUUUCCUUGCUCUUGCUAUAAGUCCAUGCCUUCACUAGGAUUAGAGCCAACUUCAGGAUUCUGGGAUGUUAUGAAGAGCAGCUGAGACAUCCACCCUGAUGGAAUAAAACAACUGCCUGAUUCUAGGGCUUUCCAUUAGUAGACAGCCAUUGUUCUCUCUGGACCACAGCCUGGAAGCUACUCUACUAAAUUCCCUUUCUCUACAUAUGUGUAGAUUGAUUUUAUAAGGUCUGUUCUCUAGAGAACCUAGACUAAUACACCAUACUUCAAGAAUUCUCCUUUCUUUGUCUUAUGGUACUUUUUAGGUCAUUUCUCCUCUAGAUCUAGCUCAUGUUUAUUUGUCUUUUUUGUCCUCUAUACUAAAAAUAAUCUCUGUACCCUGUUUUUAUUUACUUUUGUGUCCCUAUUUAUCUGUUCUGUUACUUCAUGUAUUUGAGUUACUUCCUAUUUUCCAUUUUGUAUGUCAUCUCACUGCUUGGGAAAUUUUCCUCAGGUACCUACACACCCUGAUAUUUGAAACCAAAACUCACCAUUCUUCUGCCUCAAUUUGUAUUUUCUUUUGAAAUAAACAUCAUUGCCUAAUUUCUGUCCCCUAAAAUAGAAUCAUUGCCUUUUGUGUUUCUCAUCCCAACCUUGAAGUUAUCAUGUCAUACUUUUCUGCCUUCCUCUCUCCUGGUCUAGAACCUUGCUGAUCAUGCUCAUAUUCUUGAGGUUUGUUUUUGUUUUAUCUUUUCACCAUACCCUUAUAGCUUUCCACAUAGAUCUACAUCAUAUAAGCUCAGGUUACUAUGGCUUCCUUCAAUUUCCUUCCAGAAUAUCCAACUUAUAUAGCACUUCAAACUGAUCUUCAAUCUCCAUUUUCAUGGUAUCUCAUUUUUACUCAGAUAAUUCUCACCAGUGUUCCAUAGUCUUGUUCUCCAUUCAAGCCUCAGCUUUCAUUACUCUCUUGCAUGUUUACCUUGGUAUACCACAUUCAAACCUCCUACAGCUUUCUAGUGCUCUCUGUUGUCUUACAAGCCUUUACCUCUGUGCCUUUCUCUCAUUUUUUUUUCUUCUUUGCUUAGAUUACUCUUUGGCUGUACCUUCUGUUCAAAUUUGCUUCCUUCAUGUCUUUUGAGACGGCAUCUCCUGACUUGAGUUCGACUCACCAGCGUCUUCCCUUAUUCUGUUCUGCCUGAGCACAUAACUUUCAAGUUUGUACUGUGAUCCAUGCACUCAUUAAUACCUUGCUCUGCAAUUAUUUUCUAGCAGUCUGUAUAGUAGUUUCACAUCUGUAUUAUUUCUGAGAUUAAACUGUAAGCUCCUUGAGGGCAGGGAUGAUAACUGUAACAUUUGUAUCACUGCACUCUCUUUAGUGCCUAGUACAGUGCUGAGCACACGAUAGGUGUUUAAUAAAUGCUUGUUAAAUUAU